AUGAACGACGACACGACCAGCACCGAGCAGGCAUCUAGCUCCGGGCAGUCCAACUCCAGGCGGACCAGAGAGCCUUAUUUUAGCUGGCGUGAGGAGAACGGACGACCACUCAGCGCCAACCGCCAGACCCUCGCGCGGACGGCGGCCGAGACGCGCGCUCUCCUCCCCGACAUUCUGAGGCAACUGCCGUCCAUCCGCGCCGGGGCCAAGAUUCACAUCUCCGACGGGGAUUCGUGGAACGUGGCCAUCGAGCUCAUGAACCAGUAUCAAGGGAACCCGGCCGGCAACGGGAGGGCCAUGGCCGACCGCGUAGCGCUCGCUCUCCCUGAGCUUGCCGCGCCACUACUACCCGUGGAGACACCUGACGGGGUGUACACGCCCGACGUGGUGGUGAUUCGCGGAGACCACGCCAACGGACACGUCCUCUUGCUCGACGACCCCACCGUCCAGCCCGCGGACCUACCCGUGUUUAGCGUCCUCAGCGUGGCGGCCAUCAACAGGCCGGCCACCAAGAUGGGCGUCCCGCCGGCCGCCGGGGCCGGCGGCCAAACCAACCGGAGACGGCAGCUUCUCUUUGCCGACACGGAGACGAGGAGCUGA